AUGGACAGCCAUCCAAAACUGUGGGAGAGAAAAACUUCCAUCUGCCCCUUGCAAGGUAAAAAGAUGGCUUAUCAGAAGGUCAAUGCAGAUUUAAGAACCUCAGGACACUCACAGUACUUAGACAAUGAUGACAUCCAAGCCACUGCCCUUGAUUUAGAGUGGGAUAUGGAGAAGGAACUGGAAGAGCCUGGCUUUGACCAGUUCCAACCAGAUAAUGCUGAGACUCAGAACUUGGGGCACUCAGAAACUUUAGACCUCCACCUUGAUUCCAUUCAACCAGCAACUUCACCCAAAGGAAGGUUCCAGAGACUUCAAGAAGAGUCUGACUAUGCUACUCACUACACAAGAUCUACACCAAAGAGCAACCACUGCAACUUUUGCUACCUUUUAAAAAUAAUUUGCACAGCCACCAUUCUAUUUAUUUUUGGAAUUCUAAUAGGUUAUAAUGCACACACAGACUGCCCUCCUGAUACCACACUUUCAAGAUCAAAUGACCCUCAGUUAUACAAGGAUAUUCUCAAGACAAUCAAAGCAGAAGAUAUUAAGAAAUCCUUCAGAAAUUUGGUACAACUCUAUAAAAGUAAAGAUGACAUGGAAAUUUCAAAGAAGAUUAAGACUCACUGGACUGCAUUGGGCUUAGAAGAUACACAGCUCAUGAACUACUCAGUGUUGCUGGAUUUCCCUGGGCCAUCUCCAGGCACCAUCACUGUGAGUAGCACUGGCCAAUGCUUUUUUCCUGAUGGCCAACCUUGUAGGGAAGAGGCCAGAAAAGACCAUAGCCAAGAUCUUCUCUCAUCAUAUGCAGCCUAUUCUGCCAAAGGAACUCUCCAGGCUGAUGUUAUCGAUGUGAGUUAUGGAACUGCAGAUGAUUUUAAAAGAAUUACAAAAUUAAAAAAUACAACAAAUCAAAUUGCACUCCUGAAAUUAGGAAAAUUACCACUGCUCUAUAAGCUUUCCUUAUUGGAAAAGGCUGGGUUUGGAGGUGCUCUUCUCUACACUGACCCUUGUGAUGUACCAACGUCUGAAGAUCUUAGCUCUGAGACCUUUAUGGUGACACUGAAUCCAGGAGGAGAUCCUUCUACACCUGGGUACCCCAGUCUUGAUGGAAGCUUUAGACAGAGCCGUCCAAACCUCACAUCCCUGUUAGUGCAGCCCAUCUCUGCGUCCUUUGCUAAAAAACUCAUUGGUUUGCCAAAACUGAGAAUGGAUAAUGAUGCCUGUAGCCCUCUAGAACUCCCAUAUAAUGAAAAAAGAACUAUACAUUUGCAAGUGCAGACAGUCACAGAAUUUAAAGCAGUAUUUAAUGUUGUUGGAUAUCUAAAAGGCUUGACAUCACCAGACCGGUAUAUUAUAGUUGGCAGUAACCACCAUGCUGGAUACAAUUAUAAUGGACAAGAAUGGGCCAGCAGUACUGCAAUAAUCACAGCAUUUAUCCAAGCCUUGAUGUUAAGAGUGAAGAAAGGAUGGAGACCAGAACGUACUAUUGUUUUCUGUUCUUGGGGAGGAACGACCUGGGGCAAUAUUGGCUCCUAUGAAUGGGGAGAGGAUUUCACAAAGAUUCUACAAAACAAUGCUGUAGCUUAUAUUAGCCUCCAUAGUCCUGUCCGUGGCAACACCAGUCUGCAUCCAGUAGCAUCUCCUUCUCUCCAACAACUGGUUCUAGAGAAAAGUAAAUUCAACUGUUCCAGAAGAGCUCAGUGCCCAGGAACCAAUGUCAGCUCUGUACAGAUACAAGGUGAUGCUGAUUAUUUCAUCAACCAUCUUGGAGUUCCAACUGUACAGUUUGCUUAUGAGGACAUCAAAGCAUUAGAGGGUCCAAGUUUUCUCUCUGAAGCCAUUUUUCCUAAACAUGCAACAAAAAUGGAAGAAGUUGAUCCAUCUUUCAACCUCCAUGAAGCCAUUACUAAGCUCUCAGGAGAAGUAAUUUUACAAAUUGCCAGUGAACCUGUUCUGCCCUUCAAUGCCCUUGAUAUAGCCUUAGGAGUUCAAAACAGUCUUAAAGGUGGUGAACCCAGUGUCCCUUACCUGCUUGCCAAGGCAUCACGUCUGAGGGAGAGUGCUGAACUCUUCCAGUCAGAUGAGAUGCGGCCUGCUAAUGACCCAAAGGAGAGAGCUGCCAGUCGUGUCCGAAUGCUGAAUGACAUCCUGCAAGACUUGGAGAAGAACUUCCUGGUAGAACAGGUGCCACCUGGAUUUUAUAGAAAUAUCCUGUACCACCUUGAUGGGAAGACAAUCCAGUUUUCCAUUCUCAAGGAGGCUUGGGAGCACUGCAGUCCGCUGGCAUCCAAUGAAACCUUUCAAGAGGCCCUCUCUGAUGUGCUAAAUAGCAUUAAUUCAGCUCAAGUUUCUUUUAAAGCAGGAUUGGAUGUGUUUGAGAAUGUCUUGGUUGAAAAGAACUGA